UACUUGGGCAGAAGAAACCACAGUAGUGAGCUGGGACAUGCUGAACUUGAAGUCGGAGUCUGCAACCGACUGCUUAUCUCCAUGAUGCAGGAGACUGGAAGCAUUGUGUUUAGUUGGAAUGGGCUAAACCUAGAUUGAAAUCUUUUAUUCAGGACUGGAUGAUCAGCAGUAGAUUGGAGGCUCCCUUUUCACAUCAUUGAAGGCCAGUGGACUCUUCUUGCCUGCCUGUAGUGGAUGAACAGAAGAUCACCUGCAAAGGCUCUACUGUGACCAUCAUGGCCAUAGUGCAGACCUUGCCUGUCUCCAUUGAAUCUGCCACUGAAGGGGCUUCCCAACUCUGUACUAGUGCCAGCUCAUCCCCUGCAAACAUGGGAAGUGUCAGUAGCCUUAUUUCAGGCCGGCCUUGCCAUAAGGCCACAUCUGAGUUUGGUGCUUUCCCGCUGCGUGGAAAUGCUGGCUCCCAGGAGCUUCUGUGCCAUGGACUCCCUACAAAGAAGACCAGCUAUGCUUACGGCAAUGAAGAAGAUUGGACUGAAGCUGUAUCCCCCAUCAGCCCCUGUAGUGAUGCAGAAGAUCUCCAGGAUGACAAGCCACGGAGUGGCAUCAUCCGUGGACCACCUCCCAAGUUGGUCCCUGUUUCGGGGAAACUUGAGAAGAACAUAGAGAAGACGCUAAUUCGCCCCACAGCCUUCAAGCCAGUUAUGCCCAAGAACCGCAACCUCCCACUGCAGAGCCACUUGGUUCUGCGUCCUGGGACUUCGGUGCUCUCUGAGAGCCAAUCCAGCCUAGCCCAGCUCUUUGGUGCCAAUGCUGUAACCACUACAGAGAAGCUCAGUUCUUUGAGCUGCCGCACCAGCUCCCACUCUGGGACAAUGUCAGACUCUGGGCGUAAUUCCCUUUCCAGCCUUCCCACAUACAGCACGGGGGGCAGCCAGCAAAUAGAGCCAGUCAGCAUCUCCAUAGGCCAUGCUAACCUUGACAACCAUGGCAGCGGCAGCUCACGCGGUCUUACUGGCCCAUCAAAUUCAGACAGUGGGCGGUCAUCCUCAAGCAAGAGCACGGGUUCCCUGAGUGGCCGUGGGCACCCUUCCUCUGACAGUGGCUCCUGUGGGGGGCGUUCCCCUAUGCACAAUGGCGCGGAUGAAGCCCUUCUUGUCCAUGAACUUGAAGAGAAGCUGAGGGAGCGUGAAGCUGAGCUGCAGCAUUUAAGAGAGAGUCUGGAUGAGAAUGAGGUGGCCAUUUGCCAGGUCUAUGAGGAAAAGCAGAGGCGGUGUGAAGAGGAGAUGGAAGAGCUCCGGCAGGGCUUCAGUACUAAGCUGCAGCAAUCGGCCCAAAAGGCUCAGCGUAGUCAGCAGGUGUUGCAACUACAGAUUUACCAGCUGCAGCAGGAGAAGAAGAAACUCCAGGAGGAUUUUGUGCAACUGCUGGCCGAGCGUGAGCUGCUGGAGCAACGCUGUGCCACCUUUGAGCGGGAACACACCGAGCUGGGCCCCCGGUUGGAAGAGACAAAGUGGGAGGUUUGCCAGAAGGCAGGUGAGAUCUCAUUACUGAAGCAACAGCUGAAGGAGUCUCAUGCAGAGGUUGUGCAGCGGGGUAAUGAGCUAGUGUUACUAAGGGCCCAACUGAGAGAAGCACGGGCUGAGCUGCAGACAAGCGAAGAACAGGCCUUAAGUUUGCAGGAGAUGGCCCGUACCAAGGCAAUGGAGUUAGAAGUAUGUGCCAAUGAGCUGGCCAGGCGCAAGAGUGAAGCAGAGCUGCUACGUGAGAAGGUAGGGCGGUUGGAGCACGAAUUAGAUGCCUUGCGCAGCACUAGUGGAGAACUCUGCCCCCUGUUGGCUGAAUGUGAUGAGGUAAAAGCUCAGCGACAAGCAGCGGAUACCCUGCAGGGUUUGCGUGCACAAGCUGAACGGCUGCGCACAGAGCUAUUGUGUGAGCGACGCCGUGGGGAGGAGCAACGGGAAGUUUUCCAGGCUGAGCGUAUCACUUGGCAAAGUGAGAAGGACAGGGUCAUCCGCUACCAGAAGCAACUGCAGCACAAUUACAUCCAGAUGUAUCGGCACAAUCGCGAUUUAGAGUGCCAACUACGCCAUCUCAGUCUUGAACUUGAGGCCCGGGACAUGGAUGAAUAUGAGCUGCAUGGAAGUGAAGGCAUCUGCUUGGAGGAGAUUGCAGCUACUGAGAUCUGAACAUGCCUGGGGAAGCCGGAGUGAAUGGGCCACACUGCCACAAAGGGAUAUUGGCCAGGCUAGAGCAUGUUUCUCUGGGAUUUUGUCUGACUGAGCGACCGAGAAUGCAGUGAGCCUCAGUUCAGUAGUGGAAAGAGUUACCUUUCCAGUCAUAAAUCCCAGUGAUAGAACUUGUUCUGUCAUUUAAACUUGGUCAUGAACUCUCAGUAAGUCAACAAUUUAAUGGCUAUUAAAAGUAGAAUAGUGUGUGAAGCCAGGCAGCUUGCCUUAACUCUAGGAGGUAUAGGAGGACCUGGUUAAAGAUUUCCUGGCCAACCUAGAAGAAGGAGAAUUCAAAUCCUUUCUUUGAAAGCAGCAGCAGCCUUUAUUCCACCAUUUCACUGGAAAUGAAGCAGGAAUAGCCUUUGCUUUUGUAAGGGGCUAUUAAACGCUGCUGCCUUUCAAGUCCCAAUGUUAAUUGGCCUUCUGUAAGACCUUGGGAAUCACCACUUGUCUCUUGCUCUUUGGGUUGGUUGGAGAUGAGGGUAGCAUGGAUGGGAAUGCCAGGAUUGUGUAGAGCACUUUUGCUUCUACUCUGCUCCUCUGUUACCUCUAUGUAAUGACCCCAUGGACUGUCAGCCACCAUUUGCUGAAUUUGGGGAGAUUUGGCUGUUCAACAGCUAAUUAGCUGCUAAUCCAGUUAGAUGCCAGUUUUAGGCUGGCUGAGGAAGCUUUGUCUAUAGAAGGCUUUUCUUGGAUUUUUAGUCCACUUCUCUGCUGUAUGUGAAGUCUAUCUCUUUUUUUUAAAAUCCAAACACAUAAAUGCAUACAAUCAAAACCUUUACUAUGGACCCUGUUACGGUGCAGAUGAAAAACAUUUGCAUUUAUUUCCUUUUUUGCACAUGCAUCCUGUAGUUAGGAAGGGCAAGGACCUUUGUAGGCAAUUCUUUGGCCAAUAGAUGAUGUGGGCCAAAGAAUUGGGGAUCUGGGCAUUAGUCCAAGCUUAUUUCUUUUUAUAGGACAAAAAUGUUAAUAAAUUUUACUAGGUUCAAAGCUGAUUCUCAGGAUUCUAAAUUCUGUUAUUUUUAAAAGCCGAAAAGAAUUGCGGAAUACAUGUAGUCCUUUGGCUUCCCCCACAAAAAGCUUUAUAGGAAGACCCUAUGCUAAGUUUUUUUUUUAAGGGAAAGCAUACUGGCUCCAGUGCUAUGGAAACAGAGACCUAGUCUCUCUCUCUCUCACCUAACCCCCCCUCCCCCCAAACAUAUUGCUGCAUCUGUAUUAUUGACUUACCUGAGAGUAAGAGUGUUCAACUCAGUGGGACUUGCUUCUUGGUAAGCAUGUAUAAGAGUGUAUUAUAAAAGCCAAAGAUACUUAAAACAGAUCUCAGGAUUUGGUUAUCCCAGGAGCCUAUCUCUAGAUUAUGGCACCAAAAUUUGGCAGAUAAAAUGUUGGAAUUCAGUGUCACUAGAUUUUGUGCACUUAUUUUACUUUUUUUUUUUUAAAUCCAGAAUAUCUCUUCCCUUCAACCACUCAUCCCAGCUCUAUACCAAAUAUUUUGGCUCCACUGCUUCUGUUUUUAUUACUUUGUCAUCACUGCCCUCCUUCCCCUUCUUGAAGGGUGAAUUUUAAAAUAAAGCCUAAGCAUAGCUCACCUAUUGACUGUGAGGGGAUCUGGAUGACUCCCCUUCCCCUUACCUACCUUUUCUGUCUUUGGUUGGAAUGCUACUCAGAGUAUCUUUCUCAUGAUCUUGCUUGCCUAGGUAUGUCUCUCUCACCACUCACCUUCAACCAGCCUCUACCUGUUUGCCCAACAACAUCCAUGUCGUUUAUUUGAGGGUCAAAGAUGGCUGAGUUUAAAUCUCCUACAUUUCCCUGAUAAUAGUCUUGUUUCUUUCUACAAUUUCCUCUAUAGUUCUGGAAGCUCCAUUUCCCAGGCAUCCAUAUUCCCUUCCCAUCAUCUUUGCAAGAUCUGGUCUAGUCUGAACCAUGAUCAUUGUGAAGUCCUACAAAUGUUUGCAGGGCAGUCUAACCUGUUGGGGUACAAUAAUUACUUUUGUAACCCAAUCAAGACUAAUUGCAUACCAGAAUAUGGUUCCUAGUUCCUCUCCUUUAAAGCUGUCCAUGCAUCUGUACUCGAAUCAAGUUUAUCGAUUUCAUUUGGAUAGAAUAAUUUCAGUGGGUACUCAGUCCAGACCUACUGUUGAUUUCCUACCCUCACAGGCCAGUGACAACUGCAAGGAGCUCCUUUCAAAGAAAAGUUCUGUUUGCAGGGGGUAAUGUGGACCUUACCCAGUCUUCUAUAAAGAAAGAUGUGGGGGCUACUCAGUGGUGAAAUUCAGCCGGCUCUAUCCGGAUCGCACAAUCCGGUAGUGGCGGGAGGCUCUGCUCACCUGCUCGAACGUCAUCACGUCCCGUUUUUGACCCUCUGUGCAUGCACAGAAGGCUCUGUGCAUGCAUGGAGGAGGUGCAUGCAAGCGUACCGAGCACGCACGCGCACUCACAUUUGCAAAUCGGUAGCGAAGGUAAGUGAAUACCACCCCUGGGGCUACUAGAUUGUUAACUGACCUCCUCUUUGUCUUCCAGUGUAUGCUCAGGAGAAAAAUGGUCAGUGAUACAGGGUGAGCCAAUAUUGUGAACUGCAGAAAAGCCAUUCCCAAAGGAAAUGGGCUGACAAAAUAGCCAGUUAACUACAGAUCGAAGUGCUCUCUUUCCUGGAGAGAGAUGAGUCCUCUUUUCAGGAUAAAGUAAACAAACUUCCUUGAGGUUGCAAGAGGCUGAAGAGAUUUGGAUCAGUGGGUUGAAUAAAGGACCCUCACAGCAGGUUUUAUAUAUUGGUUCCAGCCCAUGAGAAUCAAACCAGACAGCGCAAGGCAUGCUCACUAUGUCAGCUUGGUUAGAUUUUGUUAGCCUUUUUCCUCUGGCUAUAAAAAAGUCAACUGCCCAGAAUUGGUGCUUUGGCUGGGAAGCAGCCAAAGUACCGCAUACUGUAGUUUUGACAUCCUAUUUAGGCCAAUCUGGGAAGAAUUGCCAUAUUGCUAGAAUAGAGAGCAGAUGCUUUCUGCUAACUUAGUGUAACUUUUGCUUCAGGUCCUCUUAUUCUUCUUCAUGCAAAAAUGAACAGAUAGAAAAAAUUGUGAAGGGUGUAGUAGCCCAGCUAGAGUUUGGGACUAUUUUCAAGAGGAUGAUGGCAUUUAGCUACACUCUGGAAAUUCUGUGCAUUCCAAGAGAAGAGGCCAUCUGAGUUCACUUCUGGACAUUAUUCCCUUUUCCCCCCUGUUACGAGAGCUUGCAAAAUGGAUGUGUUGAUACUCCACCAUUAGACCAAAGGAAAAGCUUGGUGCAUGUCAUUUCUAUAACUAUUAGCAACCUAUACCUCUCGCUUAACCCACUUUAAGCACCACUUUAUAUUUUUCUUUUACUUUAUUUCUGAAAUUGUAUAUUUUCCAGGUGGUGUAAAUUUCUUGUACAAACCAAAAGAAAAGUGUGAAAUAAAAAACAACAACUAAGAAA